CUUCUUAAACCUCGGCCGUGCAAGCGCAACGCAACCAGCCUCCUCAAGUCCCUCACACACUGCUCUGCUGCAGCAAGAAACCAACAAGAGCUUGCUAGCCAUGGCCACCACCGCGGCGUCUAGCCUCCUCAAGUCCUCCUUCGCUGGCUCCCGUCUCCCGUCUGCCACGCGCGCCCCGUCGUCCGUCGUCGUGUCCACCGGCGGCGCCCCACGCACGGCCGCCAUCUCCGCGUCCAUCUCCUCCUCCAACCCUCCCUACGACCUGACGUCCUUCAAGUUCAGCCCCAUCAAGGAGUCGAUCGUCUCCCGCGAGAUGACCCGCCGCUACAUGACGGACAUGAUCACCCACGCCGACACCGACGUGGUGAUCGUGGGCGCCGGGUCCGCGGGCCUCUCCUGCGCGUACGAGCUCUCCAAGGACCCCACGGUGCGCGUCGCCAUCGUGGAGCAGUCGGUGUCCCCGGGCGGCGGCGCGUGGCUGGGCGGGCAGCUGUUCUCGGCCAUGGUGGUGCGCAAGCCGGCGCACCUGUUCCUCGACGAGCUCGGCGUCGCCUACGACGAGGCCGCCGACGACUACGUGGUGGUCAAGCACGCCGCGCUCUUCACCUCCACCGUCAUGAGCGCCGUCCUGGCGCGGCCCAACGUGAAGCUCUUCAACGCCGUCGCCGUCGAGGACCUCAUCGUCAAGGGAGGGCGCGUCGGCGGCGUGGUCACCAACUGGGCGCUCGUGUCCAUGAACCACGACACGCAGUCGUGCAUGGACCCCAACGUGAUGGAGGCCAAGGUGGUGGUCAGCUCCUGCGGCCACGACGGGCCGUUCGGGGCCACGGGAGUCAAGAGGCUCCAGGACAUCGGCAUGAUCGCCGCCGUGCCAGGGAUGAAGGCGCUCGACAUGAACGCCGCUGAGGACGCCAUCGUGCGCCUCACGCGCGAGGUCGUGCCAGGCAUGAUCGUCACCGGAAUGGAGGUCGCCGAGAUUGACGGCGCGCCGAGGAUGGGCCCGACGUUCGGCGCCAUGAUGAUCUCCGGCCAGAAGGCGGCGCACCUGGCGCUGAAGGCGCUGGGAAGGCCCAACGCCGUGGACGGGACCAUCCCCAAGGUGUCGCCGGCGUUGCGCGAGGAGUUCGUGAUUGCGUCCAAGGACGACGAGGUCGUGGACGCCUGAUCGAGUGAUCGAUCGACGCCAGCAGCAAGCAGCGUCUUUAUCUGGGACGGACGGACGGGGUUUCUUUAAUUUGGGACUUUCCUUUGCCUUGUUGUUGAAUGAAUGAAUUCCCUUCGAUCGUGUAGCUUUAAUUUCUCUCGUCUCGUUAUUAGUGUGUCGUGUUCAUAGCACCACCUGCCACCACCGCGCCAUGCCAUAUGUGUGCUCUUCACGUGGGGGCCACUCGUGGGGUCCUGCUGCCAGAACGAAUAAGAGAAGAUGGAAUUGAUGAAACAAUAAAAUGCACGGUUAAUCACAA